AUGUGGGAACUAAAUGUUCAUCUUAAUGGAGCACAAUAUGUUAUUGCACCUAUAUUAUACACUUCUUCUUUUAUUGGUGUACUAUUUUUCUUCUGCCAUAAAUGUAAUAGACAAUCUGUUACUUUCCCAUAUGUUGUUAUAACAUUAUCUUAUUUAAUUCAAACAUUAUCGUUCUCAACUUCACAUGUUAUUCAAUUAUAUUCAUCAACAACAUGUGUUUCAUAUUUUCUUUCACGAGUAGUGUACAUUUGUAAUUUUUUUAUUGUAAGUUAUACAUUGUUUCAUUGGGUUAAGGGUUUCACUGAACGUGAAGUACGUGUAAUCAAUCUUACUGUUGUUGGAAUGGGUGUUUUGAUACUUAACAUCUUGUUUAUUUCUCUUGUAAUAGCAUCAUUUAUAGCACUGUUUAUUGAAGGUAAUGACUGUGUAUCAAAUAAUGGAAAUAUAGAGGCAUGGAACACUUGGAUUUCUACAGGAUCAAAUAUGUUAUUAGCCAUUAUAGUAUUGGCCUUUGGAAUAUUAAUCAUUCAAAGAUAUCAUCACCAAAUCUCACAUUUUACUUCACCGGACUCAAAAAAAUCUUUUUUAAUAUAUAUAUUUGCUUUAAUCCUUCUUAUUAUUGAAAAUCUAUUACGUUUUAUUGUUCAUUUGUAUUUCCCAAUUACUAAAAAAUAUAUGAAUGAUAUUCUUUUUCAAACAAUGAUUCAUUGGUUACCUGAUAUGGUAGAGACUGUGACUAUUCUAGUUUUAUGGUCUUCAGAUGAAAUGUCUUGGCAGUUUAACAAAGAGUUUGAAGAAAGAAUGUUUGCUAACACAAAAAUUAUUCUAAGAAAUAUUCGAAUGGAAUAUUCUGAUUUAUCAGUAUCGUCUUGUACAUCAUAUCAACAUUCCACGUUGUCAUAUCGAGAUUCAACCUCAUCAACUACAGUUUCUCUUUUAUAG